CUGCAGAGGUGACCCCGCCGGGGACGGUGGUCGCGCGCGCCAGCGCAGCCAUCCUCCUGUUUCGUCCAGCCCGGCGAGAACAAAUUGGCACAGAAAUGGACGACAGCGGAGCCCACGAGGGCUGAGGCUGCCAUGCAGGGUCUGUGAGUGCAAGGGAGCCACCUGAGCCGGAGCCCGCAGGACGCCGUCGCUGUCCGAGCCCCGCGCUCCGCGAUGGCCCCGGGGACCCAGUCGCUGCUGCUGUCGCUGCUGCUGCUGCUGCUGCUGCCGCCGCCGCCGGGCACUCGGGCGCUCGUCCCCCGGAUCAGCCUGCCGCUGGACUCUGAAGAGCGGCCGUUCCUCAGGUUCCAAGCUGAAAACAUCUCCAACUACACGGCCCUUCUGCUGAGCAGUGACGGGAAGACCCUUUAUGUUGGUGCCCGAGAGGCCCUCUUCGCGCUCAACAGCAGCGCCAGCUUCCUGCCAGGCGGGGGGUACCAGGAGCUGCUGUGGGGCGCAGAUGCCCAGAGGAAACACCAGUGCAGCUUCAAAGGCAAGGACCCCCAGCGUGACUGUCAAAACUACAUCAAGAUCCUCCUGCCACUCAACAGCAGCCACUUGUUCACCUGCGGCACCGGGGCCUUUAGCCCCCUGUGCACCUACAUCAAUGUGGAGAACUUCACGCUGGCACGGGACCAGGCGGGGAACGUCAUUCUGGAAGAUGGCAAAGGCCGUUGUCCCUUUGACCCCAAUUUCAAGUCCACGGCCCUAAUGGUUGACGGCGAGCUCUACACCGGAACGGUCAGCAGCUUCCAGGGGAAUGACCCAGCCAUCUCCCGGAGCCAAAGCCGCCGCCCCACCAAGACCGAGAGCUCCCUCAACUGGCUACAAGACCCGGCCUUCGUGGCCUCGGCCUACAUUCCCGAGAGCCUGGGCAGUUUACAAGGGGACGACGACAAGAUCUACUUCUUCUUCAGCGAGACCGGCAAGGAGUUUGAAUUCUUUGAAAACACUAUCGUGUCCCGAGUCGCCCGCAUCUGCAAGGGUGACGAGGGCGGUGGGCGGAUCCUGCAGCAGCGCUGGACAUCCUUCCUGAAGGCCCAGCUGCUGUGCUCGCGGCCUGAAGACGGCUUCCCCUUCAACGUGCUGCAGGACGUCUUCACGCUGAGCUCCAGCUCCCAGGCCUGGCAGGACACCCUGUUCUACGGGGUCUUCACAUCCCAGUGGCACAGAGGGACCACGGAGGGCUCUGCCGUCUGCGUCUUCUCCAUGAAGGACGUGCAGAGGGUCUUUAAUGGCCUCUACAAGGAGGUGAACCGGGAGACGCAGCAGUGGUACACCGUGACCUACGCGGUGCCCACGCCCCGGCCUGGCGCGUGCAUCACCAACAGUACCCGGGAGAGAAAGAUCAACUCAUCCCUGCAGCUCCCCGACCGCGUGCUGAACUUCCUCAAGGACCACUUCCUGAUGGACGGGCAGGUCCGCAGCCGCCUGCUGCUGCUGCAGCCGCAGGCCCGCUACCAGCGCGUGGCUGUCCACCGUGUCCCUGGCCUCCAUGGCACCUAUGACGUUCUCUUCCUGGGCACCGGGGACGGCCGGCUGCACAAGGCGGUGGGCGUGGGCCCCAGGAUGCACAUCAUUGAGGAGCUGCAGAUCUUCUCACCCGGACAGCCCGUGCAGAACCUGCUCCUGGAUCCCGGCAGGGGACUCCUGUACGCUGCCUCUCACCUGGGCGUGGUCCAGGUGCCCGUGGCCAACUGCAGCCUGUACCAGAGCUGUGGGGACUGCCUCCUGGCCCGGGACCCCUACUGUGCCUGGAGCGGCUCCAGCUGCCAGCACGUCAGCCUCUACCACGCUAAGACGGCCUCCAGGCCAUGGAUCCAGGACAUUGAGGGGGCUAAUGCCAGGUACCUCUGCAACGCUUCCUUGGUCAAGCCCCGGUUUGCUGGACCAUCGGGCAAGAAGCCAUGUGAGCAAGUCUGGUUCCAGCCCAAUACGGUGAACACCUUGGCCUGCCCGCUGCUCUCCAACCUGGCGACCCGGCUCUGGCUGCACAACGGGAUCCCUGUCAAUGGCUCUGCCUCCUGCCGGGUGCUGCCCACCGGGGACCUGCUACUUGUGGGCAGCCAGCAGGAGCCAGGGAUGUUCCAGUGCUGGUCUCUGGAGGGAGACUUCCGGCAGCUGGUGGCCAGCUAUUGCCCAAAGGUGGAGGACACAGUGCCGGUCCGGAGUGGGAAAGUGGCUCUCACGUCGCGGGUGAGUGCGCCAGCCCACGGCACGGCCAGCUGGGGUGCGGCCAAGUCCUACUGGACUGAGUUCCUGGUGAUGAGCACACUGUUCGUGUUCACCAUAGUGCUCCUGAUUUUAUUCUUCCUCUACCGGCACCGGGACGGCAUGAAACUCUUCCUGAAGCAGGGGGAGUGUGCCAGCGUGCACCCCAAGACCCGCCCUGUGGUGCUGCCCCCCGAGACCCGGCCGAUCAAUGGCUUAGGGCCCCCGAGCACCCCGCUUGACCACCGAGGCUACCAGGCCCUGUCGGAUAACUCCCCGGGGCCCCGGGUCUUCACUGAGUCAGAGAAGAGGCCGCUCAGCGUCCAAGACAGCUUCGUAGAGGUGUCCCCGGUGUGCCCCCGGCCCCGGGUCCGCCUGGGCUCUGAUAUCCGGGACUCGGUGGUGUGACAGCUGACCUGGAGAGGAGCUCACCCUGGCUUCAGGGGCCGUGAAUGCUCAGAGGGCGUUGGCUGGACUCCGCUCCUCAUGGCGCACAGCCCUGGGCCCCAGCCCUUGGGGACAGUGGGGCCCGCUGGCCUGCUGUUCGAGCACCGAGGCCCCUCCGACCUGGACAGCCGUGGGCCCGAAGGUCCUGGCUGAAGAUGGAUACCUGCCUGGCUGGGAAGAACAGUGCUCCUGGUGUUAACUGAGCCUUUUGUUUAAAAAACCAUUGAAAAUGUGAAACGAGGAUGAGACCACACAGAAUGCCGCGCGCACAGCCGCUCCAGCUCUGCCCCAGCCUCGCGGCCUCGCGGGGUCCGGGGGGGCUCACCCGGCGUGCUGGUUUGAGACAAGAGUUGGGAAUCCCUCACCAGCUGGCCUCUUCCAACCUCUGCCUUACUCUGCUGCCACAGGUGGCCCGUCCCACAGAGCCAGGGGCCCCCUCAGGCUCUGUGGUCCUGCCUGGCCAGCUGGCCAAGUUGUUACAGCCAUCAUCCUGCCGCCUCAGGGACAGAGGGCUAGUCUGGCCCUGCAGCCCUGGUGGGGCCCUGGGCUCGAGCCAGCUCCGGACCUGUCCGGCCUGUAUCAGGCUGCGGCCACACAGCAGCAGGUAGCAUGAGCUCAGGAGUUUGUGACGAUGUUCACCUUGCCCUUGGAAUUCUAGGAAGGGACUUGCCUCCCUGCCUCCAUCCACCCUGAAAACCUGUGUGUCCCCUGUCCCGCCGCCCACAGCAGGCUCGUCUCGCGGCCCAGUCCCCUGCACCCUCGUACGUCACCUGCCUCCACUUUAAGGGAUAUUGACACUGCCCGGCACAAGGGCUCCAGUUUUGUGGCUUUUAUAUAUUUUUAUAAGAUGCACUUUACGCCUGUUUUUAAAUAAAAUCUAAAGAACUGAAAUUGAAUCACGGUCCUUCCUCUGAA